AUGAACAUACAGGACAGCGGCAGCGGCGGGUACAAGCAGCUGCAGGCCGGCGGAGGCGCGGGAACCGGCAGCGAUCUGGGCUUCCAGACGUCGACCAACACGCGCAUCGAGGACGGGGUGAGCCUGCUCGACGCCCUGGAGGACCUGGGCUUCGUCCAGAGCAGCUCGGCCUGCGGUGCGCUCGGCGUCGGCCUGGUGGCGUGCACCGGCCUCGGCGCGCUCUACGUGCUGAGCAAGAUGCAGCUGAUCCAGGAGGGCAGCAUGGGCCUCACCCUGCACAGCGGCCAGCCGGUCAUCCUGCGGCCCGGCCGCUACGUCCUCCUGUCGCCGCUCCACAGCUUCGUCGAGCAAAAGUCCAUCAACGACGACCUCAUUGAAUUCGGUCCCAUCACCGUCGUCACCAUCAAAAAGGGCCAGCUGGGUCUGAGCUGGAAGAACGGAGAGACGAUCAUAUUGGAGCCCGGCCGCCACAUACUGGUGGCGCCGCACGUGUUCCAGGAGGCCAAGGACAUUGGUGCGCCCUACAUUGAGCUCGGGCCGAUCAAGCGCAUCAUCGUCAACGAGGGCCAGGUGGGCAUCUCGUACGACACGGGCAAGCUCGAGGUGCUGCUGCCGGGCCUCCACAUCCGCACGUCGCCCACAUUCCGCUUCCAGGAGUUCGUCUCGGUGCGCCGGCUGGAGCCGCUCAAGGUCAACACCAACGACGGCAUCGCCAUCAUGGUCAACACCAUCAUCACCUACCGCAUCGAAGAUCCCGUCCGCGCCUUCAGGGAUGUGAGCAAUGUGAGCGAGGCGCUGUUCGAGAAGGCGGAGGCGCUGGUGACGUCGAUCUUCCUGCACCACUCGCUGGACGAGAUCGCGCCGACGCUGCCGUCGGGCCGGCACGAGUCGCUCGAGGACCCGGGAUUCGGGUCCGAUGAUGACCAGGACGACAAUGACAAGGACGACGAGCUGACCAGGCGCAAGAAGAAGAAGAUGGGCAAGCAGCGCGAGAUCAGCACGCCGUCGCUCUUCAGCGAGAUCGUGCGCGAGGCCUUCAUGGACGAAUUGCGGGAAUAUGUGACGACGUGGGGCGUGGUGCUGAUGGACAUGAGCAUCGAGAAGCUCGAGUUCCACGACUCGGCCCUGCGCGAUCUCCUCACCCAGCGCGCCUCGAACAAGCUCCAGACCGCCUCCAACCGGGCCAACAUCGCCGCCCAGGCCCAGACUGGCAUCCAGAAGGCCCAAGGUCUGGCGCAGGAGGCGAGGGUCAAGGCCGACGCGGAGCUCUACACGGCCGAGCAGCGGGCCAAGGGCGCGCGGCUGCAGGCCGACACCGCCCUGGCGCGACAGCUGGCGGUCAUGCGCGCCACGCGCGAGAUCGUGGAGGCGGCGGGCAACAAGACCUCCUUCAUCCCGUGGAACAUGAAGGUCGACCUGCGCGAGGGCUCGGCCGGCAGCGACCACGGCUACCACCUCUCCGACGCCUCGUCAGCCCUCUCGCCCGACGAAGCCCUGGCCCGAAACGCUCUCGUGGGCCACUAG